AUGGAAGAAUUGGACGCAAUGCUCCGAGAAAAGAAUCCCUACGCAGCCAUAUACAAGAUGAUGCGUCAAAUACUUGAAGAAGAGUACCGCCGAGCCCAAGAUGAGAAUCUACCGCACCAAACAGUGGGAAUGAUCAUUAGCAGUGAUCGAAGAAAUGUAGAUCAGAGACGCUACAACAACCCCACGACAAACGAGAUUGCUGUCAUUUUCAAAAGCGCAAACGGUGAGCCACCCUCGAAGAGAGAUAUCCGAGGCCAUCUCUUCAUCCCAGUCAGAGGGAGAACGUUCAUUCAGAUUGACACACAACAGCCCAUGUGCGACCCGAUGACUUAUCCCUUGCUCUUCCCCAACGGUGACGAUGGAUGCCAUGUAAACAUGCCUUAUACCACCACCACACGACGCGAAAGAGAGGAAGCAGCAGCACGGCCAAUGGAUGUGGAAGAAGAGGAAGAGAUCGGUCUCCCAAGACUGAAUGAGAUACUGCGUCGUCAAAAUCUUCCAGUACAAGCCCUAGCUGGUGAUGAAGAGCCGGUGGAAGAACUAGAACCGGAACCAGAGGAGCAGAUAGACGAAGACGAAAACGAUCCCCAACGGUUGAAUCGUGGCGAAGGAAGACGAAAAAGGAUCACGCAAUGCGAAUUUUACAGUUCUCUCAUGUCGAUUUGGGAUUAUUUCAAUAAUGUCUUUGCCGGUGGAUCACUCACUCAACAAUGGACGGUCGAUUCUUACGUCAAGAUUGAAGCAAACCGCGUCAAGUACAUCCGCGAACAUCAGGCGGAGCUUCACGUUGCACAGUACGACGGUCUCUUGGAUUACUUGCACAAUCGAGCCGAGAGAGAAAACUUCACGGUCGGAUCGUAUCACGUCCUCCCAUCGAGUUUCAUCGGAAGUCCAAGGGCGAUGAAGCAAGCGUACCAAGAUGCAAUGGCCAUCUGCGGAAAAUUCGGCAAGCCGGUAUUCUUCCUGACGUUCACCUGCAACCCAAAGUGGAGGGAAAUCACGGCUAACAUUCCCAGCCAUCUUUCAGCACCAGAUCGGCCUGAUAUAGUCGCAAGAGUUUUCCAACAAAAGAAGAGUGAGUUGGUCAACGAUAUUGAAAAGCGCCAAAUGCUGGGAUUUGCGACUGCUCGGAUACAAGUAAUUGAAUUUCAAAAGCGCGGAUUGCCACACUGCCAAAUGCUCAUUUGGAUCGACGAGCGUGACGCCCCUGCUACCGCAGAAGAUGUGGAUGCAACCAUCUGCGCGGAAAUUCCCGAUAAAACCACGCAUCCGAGACUUUACAAGAGCAUCAUGACCCACAUGAUUUACGGUCCAUGUGGGUUAAUCAACAAAAAAUCCCCUUGCAUGGAUGGCGACAAAUGCUCAAAGUCUUUUCCGAAGCAACACAGCCAAGAAACCAUCCUCAACGAUAAUGGCUACCCCACUUACAGACGAAGAGAUACGGGAGUUGUACACCGCUUGAAACGAGGGCACACGUAUUUCGAAGUGGACAACACCUGGGUCGUUCCUUACAACCAUUGGUUAUCCCUCAAGUUUGACUCCCACAUCAACCUCGAAUACUGCGCAUCAAUCGUCAGUGUCAAGUACAUCUUCAAGUAUGUCUACAAAGGGUACGAUUGCCUGAAAAUGGAUCAAAAAGUGGGAACCUAUCACCAGGUAGAAGGCGAAGAACCAAGUGUGGAGUGGGACGAAAUCACGUGCCAUCUUGAUGCGCGAUACGUCAGCGCGCCGGAAGCCUGUUGGCGAAUCUUCAAGUUUCCCCUUUCCGACCGUUCGCAUGCCAUCUAUCGCCUGGCCGUCCAUUUGCCCCGAGAGCAACCCGUCUUUUUCCAACCGGGAAACGAAAUGCAAGCCGUCAUCAAUGCCGCUUCGAGAGACACCAACCUGACUGCUUUCUUCAAGUUGAAUCGCGUCGACGGGAGCGCACGGCAAUAUUUCUACAGAGAAAUACCUCACCACUACGUUUUCAUCAAGAAAACCAAUUCGUGGAAGCCUCGCGUGAAACGGGCCAAGAUCAUCGGUCGCCUAUACACGGGCCAACAAGCUUUGAAGAUUUGCGAACAGUCGACCAGAUUGUCCACCCCACUUUCAAAGCGGCAGCAAUAG